AUGUCCUCGCAUGAUUGUGUGUGGAGUGAUAUAUUUGAUGAACAAUCUAGAAGAAACCUACAAUCUGGUUUUGUAAUUGCAGGUGCAAUAGCUACUGUUGCAGGAUUUUGGCUUAAUUCCGUACUAUUACUGACUGAUUUAAGAUCUGACAGAAGCUAUAGGAAUCUGGCAUUUUUCACGUUUAUUUCUUUUGUGCGCCGUGCUGUAUCAAUUUUCAAUAAUUUUCUAGUAUCAAAUAAUUAUGAAAGUGUGUCUUGUGAAUUUUUUGGAUUCGUCGAAACCUUUUUCGCUGUGUAUGAAUACGAAUGCCUCACACAUGUCUGUAUUGAGAGAUAUGUUGUUGCUAAAUACAUAACUAAUGGUUGGCCUAUUCAAAAGAAUCAUUAUAUAUUGUAUCAAGGAUCUUCAUUAUUUUUCUCGGCUCUAUAUGCUUUUCCGCCUGUCUUCGGUCUUGGAAGAUUUGGUUUAGAUUUUUCGUGUCAGUCAUGUGUUCUUGAUAUGGUUUUAACGAAAACAUGGGAUAGAUAUGUUACCUUAACUAUAUUUUUGCUUCGCAGUGUAAAAUCAACUGGAUUUAUUAUUACUAUGUUGGUAUGGGCUCGUAAUCUCGAAGCUAAGUUUCAAGCAUCUCCUGAGUUAUUACAGCAAAAAAGAUUUACUAAUAGCGUAGUUAUCAUGACAGUCGCCAACAUAAUGUGUUGGUUGCCAAUCGCCCUGUUACGAGGCUGGGUUUUAGCGUCUCAAGUUUUGGCUGGCGAUGACCUGGUUAAACCAUCUGCGACCGUCAUUCAGUUUGCUAUUUGGUUACAAUGGGCGGCCCCUGCGUUUACAACAGCAGCAAUGUUUUACUACGACGACAGAAUUCAUAAAAAAAUGGCAGGCGAAAGAUGUAACAAAGAGGAAUUAUCUAAAAAGCAGUAG